AUGGAAAAUACUAACGAACAUUGUAGUAAAAAGGAAAAUGAAUUAAGUAAAUGUGGGGAUCCAUCGAGUGGUAAUAUCUGUGCUGUACGAGAAGCGAGUAAUGUGAUACUAUUGGUAUCGAAUAGCUCGAAAACCGGCAAAUUCAUUCAAACAUUAUGGUAUUUGAAACAUAUUAACAGUACAAUUGCAGUCGGAACAUCAAACAAAGACGAGAAUGAAAUAGAGAUUGUGAAAAUCAGUGCGCGGGAUGGUGGUGAAGUGCACGAUGAUGAACAAUUGCUAGUAACAAGCAACACAUUGAUAUCAUAUAUUGUUCGAAGUUAUCGUUUUGUUUUUGUCAUUGAUAUCAGUCCAUCCACUUUUAUCGUGGAUGGCACAACAAGUUGCGUACCGCAUUCAAAAAUUAUCAACCGACUACGACAGUGUCUGGAAGGACUUCUUAUGGAAGGAAAUUUUCUACCAGCAGACAAAUUUUCGCCCGAAAUAUUUAUAACGAUUUCUUUCUAUAGUCCAUUUAUUGCUUUCGAUGAGGAUAGAGUUAUUCUGCAAGGCUGUUUACUUACAAAGAAGAACAUUGGUUCUGUUCUACAAUAUAUCCAAGAACGGUUUCAUUUGUUUUCCAAUAGACUUUGUUGGACGAUGCAGCCUCAUUUGAGAAGAUGGAAUCAAGAACGAAAAAAGUUGGAGCAGAGAGCCGGAGAUCUUCUGCCGGAAAAUUUCUUCCGCCAACAGCUCCAUGCAACAGAUGGAUUCAGGGAUUCGAUACACGGCCUGCUGACUGCGCAGAUGACUUCUCGGGCUGGUCCUGCUGAUGAAGGAUUCAUUAACUCAGAAUGGUCAUUAAUGUUUAUGUUACGAAUUGGUCUUAUCGGUUUGCAGUUACUACCGGACACAGCGCAACCGAAUAUAGUACUAAUCACGGAUGCAGUGUGUAAUGUGACGGAUAUACGCGUUUUGCAAAAACUGAUGGUACAACUGAGAAAUUACUCUAUUGCUUGUUCAUUUGUACAGAUUCAAGGAGACUACAGUACAAAUGCUGUAUUUGGACAUUUUUCAUCACCCGGAUUUUUUACCUUUCUUGCGAGAGGAACAUCAGGCGUCUACAUACCGGACGAAUACCAAGCUACUGCAGAUAGUGUUCUUAACCCACUUGUGAGUCGACCACUUUUAUGCAAGAAUCUUCAGCUGUUGGAUACGGCAGAUGAUUAUAUCAAAGAUCUAAUUUAUCAGAUUAAUCCUGAAUUUGUUGAACCAUAUACUUGUGGUGUUAUUCGUCGAGUGCAUUACACUGUGGAAUAUGAAUCAUGUUUGGAAUAUUUUCUACGAUUACGGCUUUACGAAGGUUUUAUUUUGCGUGAUUUGAAAGUAUUAAAAAAAAGCGAAGAUCAAUCGUCGAUAUUGGUGGAACUGAGUCUACCUUGGAAACCACAAGUAACGAUUGGUUAUAGAAUUUGUGCAUUCUCCGAAAAUUUUAAAAAAAGAACAAAGUUGAAAAUAACGGUGAUAUGUGAGGCACAAUACGGUAUGAUACGGGAUCUAUUAUCCGAUCGUUGUUCCAUAAAUACAACAAAGCAAACUUUUGCUGAUGCAUAUCGACAUACCAUUUUCGGAUUGCUUGAAGCUGAUCGUAUGCUAAUUCAUGUUUAUUCAUUCAACUCCUUGCCUGAUCUUUUUCUUCUUCCGCCCGAAGUAUUAAGGGAAAAGUCGCUCUUUCGUUAUGUUAUGAAAGAAAACAAAGCCGUGUUGGCAAUAAGUGCCAGGGAAUUAGAAACUUUAUGCGCGCAGAAUAUUACCGCAGCAAAUUUUGUCGACUUUUGGCGGAUUAUAAGUGAAUUUGAAGAGCGACAUUGGCAAAGUUGGUCACAAGUAUUCACUUUUCGUAUAAUUCUUACUCAUGAUCAUCCGUUACCUCCACGGCUAUUUCUAUUCGAGGAGCCGAAUGUAAAAGUUACUUCGCAGCUUGCAUUAACAGUAUUCUAUGAUAUGCUCGCUCAGAUGACAACGUUUUCACUUAUUCAUGGACAGACUUAUGUAAAGUUUGUUGGAGGUGAUAAUGAUGGUAUUAUUCCGAAAUCAUUUUAUAUUGUCAAAUUAAGUUUAGAGACUCAGUUGGUCGUGGUCAAACUUGCAUUUCUCAAUGGUCUUACAGUUGUAUUCAGAGACAAAGUGAUCAGGGAAUUCCUAGAAAACUUUAGUUCAUUGUCUGUUGAACGGACCUGCUUUUUCACAAAAAUGCUCGAGUUUGCUGAUGUUGGAGAUGACUGUGCCACAGUUGCCGAAACAAUGCAAUUGCCGGCAUUGACUAUUAUUAACCGUCCACUGGAAAUUAUGCUUGCACGCUACAAGAAAAUUCCGGUUGCAUUAGAUCGAAUUAUACGAUUGGAAAAAACCGCUGAAGCAAAUCGUGACCUGAUACUGCACAAUUCACUUGCCAAAUAUUUUUGUUGCAAACGUUAUAUUUGGUAUUUAAAGAAAGCAUUUCCGUUAUCAUCAAUCGUCAGUUGCACUUAUGCGGAUUUUAUUCUUCAUACUAUUUUGCAGAGACGUCUGAAUGAAGGAUUUCAUAUAGUAUAUGGCGAUAAUGGGAUAGUUAACCUUGUUAAGCAUAUAGAUGGCAUGGAACAACAGCUGCAUUGUGGUCCAGCUUUGCUUCAGUAUAUCAUCUUUCCACCAACAGCCAUUCGACCAAUGCGAUUUAUGAAAGAACAUUUGGAAAAAGUACCAUCUUUACCAAAAACCGUUAGAAUACGGGGAGCUGGAACGAAAAAAACAGUCCCGGGUGAGAAUUCCACAUUGAAAAGUGACCUCGAUUUACAAUUAAUGACAGAAAUGUGGUCAGAACCGCUUGCCAUCAUUGAUCCACAAUAUGUUACAUGGGGCGGAAUUAUCCAGCAGCAAGUUACUUAUUUGUAUUCACCAUAA